AUGUCCGCUGGCUACGAUAGACACAUCACUAUCUUCUCCGACCAAGGUCGAUUGUACCAAGUCGAAUAUGCUUUCAAGGCCAUCACUUCCGCCAACAUUACCUCCAUCGGUGUCCGCGGAAAAGACUGUGCUGUUGUUCUCUCCCAAAAGAAAGUUGCUGACAAACUCAUCGAUCCGUCCUCCGUUUCACAUGUCUUCAAGAUCUCGCCCUCGGUGGGCUGCGUGAUGACUGGCUCCAUAGCAGAUGCGCGGGCAUCCGUUGACCGGGCCCGUGGUGAGGCAGCUGAGUUCCGCUACAAGUUCGGAUACGAGAUGCCCUGCGAUGUGCUUGCGAAGCGAUUGGCGAAUAUCAACCAGGUCUACACACAACGAGCCUACAUGCGGCCACUUGGUGUGGCAACGACUCUCAUCUCUGUCGAUGACGAGAACGGUCCCCAGCUCUACAAGUGCGAUCCGGCCGGCUACUACGUCGGAUACAAGGCCACUGCCUCGGGACCCAAGCAGCAGGAGGCGCUGAACUACCUGGAGAAGAAGCUGAAGAACAAGGAUGCGGCCGCCGGUAACUGGGAAGAAGUGGUGGAGCUGGGUAUCACUGCCCUGAGCAAUGUGCUGAGCGUUGACUUCAAGAAGCACGAGCUGGAGAUUGGCAUUGUGGGCGGUCCUCAGGUCGAUGGCGAGAGUACCACGACAGAGUUCCGUGCUCUGACGGAGGAGGAGAUUGACGAACGGCUGCAGGCCAUAGCGGAGAAGGACUGA